AUGAGUAAAAUCGAUGCGCUAUAUUUGAGCAAUAAAGAAGGUACAGUUAUUUCAGAAUGGAAUUGUGAGAUAUUCCUUCACCACUCAAAGCAAAUACACGAAGAUAUGAUUGUUAUUCCAUCAAUAAAGCCUGCCAGUAGGUUCGUCAUAACAAUCAAAGGACUGAAUGGCUUACAAUUUGAUAAGAUUUUUCAGAGUUUCUGUCGAAGCGGUCCCUUUUGGGAAAAGCUGCAGUAUGACUCCAAGUUUGACUUGGUUUCAGACAGUUUUCUGUGCGAGUUAUGUUGUAAGCAAUUUGGUAACAUGAAGCGUGAGCUAUUGUUUGAUAAGCCGAUGUCUUCGAAAGUCCAUGACCCUGCUGCCAUAGAAGUUGAAAGCUUUGACAAAGUGGUAAUAGUUGCUAACUUCCAGCAAAACCCAACGAAAAGUAUAGAUAUUCUGGAUAUUAUAAAUCAAUGCAAUGAGUAUGUGAACUCUUUGUUUAUUUCUCAGCUAGAGUUCAAGUUACCUUUGGUUUUUUCACCUGGAACAAGAAGCAGAUUAAAAAUGCAUGAGGGUUCAAUAGGUUUGGUUUCCAAGUGUCUUGACAACUCACAAACUGUUACACCGUCUAUUGUCAAGAUCAUAUCCAAUGACAAAACAUCAACAACUGUGUUUCAGAUUUUGAACGAAACUUCAAAAACGCGUGCAACUCUUGAAAAAUACAAAAGCACAAAUAAUUGGAAUAAGUUACCACAGAUGUUCGAAGGGACAGAUAAGGAUUAA